ACUAAAGGUGGUUCGAAAUCAAUUCCGUUUCGUGGUAUCAGCAGGUUCAGUUUGUGAUAAAUCCAGUGUUGCCUUCCAUUUGUUAACAUGAUGGAGGUGAAACCCAAGGACGAUAAUCUUCCUGCCGUCACGCCGGUCGACAAAGACGGAUCGUUUGUUCAGAUAAAGGUGCUGUUCUUCGCCAAAGCUCGAGAUAUAACCGGGUUGACAGAGCUAUCGAUGGAGGUUCCAUCCGGUAGUACUACACAAGAUUGUCUAAACAAGCUCAUUUCGAAGUUCCCGAACUUGGACGAGAUUCGGAACUGCAUUGUUCUUGCUCUCAAUGAAGAAUAUACAACUGUUUCGGCUGUUAAAGACCAAGAUGAAUUGGCCAUUAUUCCUCCGAUAAGCGGCGGGUGA